GGUUGUCAAUGUCAAUUCUUUCAAGACUUUGAUCGACUUGGAUAACCUAAGAAAUUGUACCAGCGCAAUACAGCUUUAAUGAAAUAAACCUAUUCAAUCAGAUUAAAAGUAUUUGAAAUAUACGAGUAAAAAAUAUAACAAUACAUUUUUAUUAGGACGAAGGUAACAUCAGUGAAAAAUGAGUAAUUCCAGGGGCAAUAUAUCUAGAAAGAGACCACAAAAGCAUCAGAAUAAAACUGUGUUUAAAAAUGAUUUACAUGAUACCAGUCAUAAGACAAAAUUUAUAAAUUCAUUAGAAAUAACUGGUGUGUGUAAAAGAUGUAAAGAUAUCAUUGAUUGGAAAAUAAAAUACAAGAAAUAUAAACCUCUAACAGCACCACGAAAAUGCGUAGGCUGUGAACAAAAGGCUAUUAAAUAUGCAUACCAUUUGUUAUGUACCAAAUGUGUAACAGAAAAAAAUGUCUGCGCCAAGUGUUGCAAACCAGUUGAAAUAGAAGAAAAAGAUGUGACAACACAAGGUGACACUGAUAUACAACAACUAUUGAAGGGACUUCCAGAAAGAAAGCGACGAAGUUUGUUGAGGUAUAUAAACAAACAAGGUGGAGAACAGAAAAUUACGGCGGAAAUGUUGUCAUAUAUUGAUGAUGUAUUAGCAGGAGUAGAUAAGUUGCACCUAGAAGAUGAUCUUGAUUCUGAUUUUGAAGAAGAAACUUGAAUAUAUUUGUUCAUUUGCUA